AUGGAAGGCAAGAAGAUGCAAGAAGGAGACGAAGAGAUUCGGGUUGGAGUCCACAUACGCGGGUCACCGGCAAGAGCGUCGCCGUUUCCCGUGGCGGCCAUCAGCCUGAUGCUGCCUCGCUCGGCCUCCAUCACUGUACUCAAGGACGUAGUGGCGACGCAGCACGCAGCCAGCGCUCGGCAGCAACCCUUCUCGCUCAUUGACCCCUUCGCCCUCAUCCGCUCGGCCAAGGUAAUCUUUGGCGGCAUCGUGCUGAGCGACACCACCACACUUGCACAGGCCGGCGUGCAAGAUGGCGCCUCGCUCAAUCUCGUCUUGGCAUCAUCAUCUUCUGCACCCUCGUCCCCACCAGUUGCGUGCUACCUGAGCUCGCUGCCGCGCAUCUCCGAGCUGCAUCCCAACGUGGGCCUCACCUCGGGCGGCCAGCGCGUGCUCAUCGUCGGGACCAACUUCAGCCGCAACUGCACCUGCCGCUUCGGCCCCGUGCGCAACCUCCCGCUCAAGUACCACAGGCAAGCCUGUGUGCCGGUUCUCACAACGUUGGCCGCAUUCAGUGAGGAGCUGUUGGAGGUGAUUGCUCCGCCACACCCGACGGGCGUAGUUUCUGUACAGAUCUGCAACCCCUUUCCCUUGGCCAUCCUCCGUCGAGUUAUGCGACCCACAGAGAGCGAAGAUACCACCGAGACGGAGACCGAGACGGAGGCGGAGACCGAUACAGCGAGUCCACUGCCGGGUGCCGGGGCUUCAGGCAGCUGGAGCAACGACGACGUCCUGUUCCAUUACAUCAGCAGAGAGCAGCUCGAACGCGAGGUGAUGGUGCCGGUCGGAGCCGACGCCUGCCGAGAGAAGAUAGCGGAGGCGCUCUAUGGGAUGGGCGCCAGCAGCAUCAACUACCGACGCGACGACGAGGACGGCUUCAUGGGAUGA